AUGGAAGAGAAUAACUCCGAUAAAGCAGGAAAACAGCUGACAUGCGAGGAAUAUCUCAAGCGAGGAGAGGAUAUAGAACCGCCUGUGCCGGUGGACGUGGCUAAAGAAAUGUUUUUUAUGCUUGGCAGCGUAACAGACUACGAUGAAGUCCUGCACGACCACGCACUUUCGUACAUACAGACAGUAGAGCAGGCAGAAAGCCUUGCUGCGUGCUUUGAAAUGGUGUACGAAGUUCUGAGAAAAGAGGCAAAAAAAGAGAUGGAUUUAGUGCAGAUAAAUGUAGUAUUAGAAGUGGCAGUUGCCAAAAUAAAAAAACACGAGAGCAAAUGGAUCGACAGGUGCCCCGAGGCAGAGAGCAAGCAAAAGACAGAGCCAGCGCGCGCCGUGGAGAAGACAAGUGGAGAGCUGCUGGACAUUCCAAGACAGCAGCCGCUGACUGUGAUAAGAUCAGGUCUCUUCACGAUAAAGAAGCUGGCUAGGCUGCGCUACGAGCUAAAGCAGAAACAGGAAAGAGCAGAGAAAAUAGUGGAGCAGGAAGAAAGCACAGAAGAGGAAGAAAAAUCAAUGCUUUCCUUUUUCAGCACUCUAUCGGAAAAGAUCAUAGACGACCUGGAAAAGAGCCUCAACAGCAUAGAAACAGAUAAGCUGUUUAUGGGGGAGUGGGAGGGCAUUGAAUCGCCUAAUCUCCAGCUGGACUUUAUUGAGCUUGCCCUAAGCUUUCUAGAGUCGUAUGUGCAGGCUUCGAUCAUCUUUGAUAAGCCAAUUAUCAAAAAAGAGGUGCUAGAAGCCCUGGCAAAUACGCACUACAAGAACUACAUAGGGUAUCUGGGCGGCGUGUUCAUUGAAGAGCUAGAGGCUGAGCUAGUUGGGUGCUUUAGCCUUUCCAUGCAAAUGUCUAUCCUUCUGAAAGGCUCUGCACAGACGGACUGUUUCUCUCUAUUCUCAGAGGAAGGGCGAAGCAUCCUCAGAGACAAGUACAUAUUCUACGUGCAGAACGCAAUGCUCAAGUGUCUGGGCCUCCUGUACUACAAAGAAAAGAAUGAAGUGCUGGUUGACAUUGUGUACUCUUUCUACACAACAGGGUGCCUGGAUGGCUUUAUGCCGCAGCAGAAAAAACAGAUAAUAAGCCACUCAGUCGACAUACUCACAAAGUAUCUCAGCCAGGAAGACGUUCUUCAGUUGAUCAGGAAGAUCAUAUAUCUGUACGACAGCGCAGCACAGUACUCCGAAGGAAUGGCUUUGAUGAUAUCUGUUUUUUUGUCAAAGAUCAAAUCAAAAAACAAGAACAGCAUUAAGGAGAUAAACGACUUCUUCAUAAAAAUAAUAGCCAGGAGCCCAAACAAGAUAGAGCACAUUGACCCGUACUGCACAUUCCUGUCAAUGCACGACAUUGGCAUUCCUCUGCACCAUCUCAUCAGAAGAUACGACCCGCAGUUCAUAUCCACUUUCUACUCCACGUAUUUCAGGCAUCCGUUUACGCUUGAAAAGGGAACGCAGGCAGUUGGUGAUUUCAUCAACUUUGUCUGUCUCUCUGCAGACCUCACGUACAUAUACAUUAUGAACAUGGUCCCGUUUGUCCCCACAUCUCCGUUUAUUGUGCACAAGCUAUUUCUGAUAUACAAGAGAAUAUACGCAAAUGCAAAUAUGUUCGCCCGGGGAAUCGAAGCAGAGAUGCUUCUACUGCGCAUGAAGACGCCUGCUCUUGUGGGGAUUGCAGGGUUCAUAUUCAGCGACCCAAAGCCCCUUAUAAAAAAGAAAGAUCUGAGGAAAAUGGCAGAAACAAUUGGAAUAAGCCACAGCCUGAACGAAGACUACAUUGUUUUUCUGAGCCUCCUGUACUCUGUUGAAAAGGCAAAGAUAGAGAACUACAACUACAAAGGCAUUGUCAGCUAUCUGAAAGACGAGGUUACUCUAAAGUACAUGGGAAAGCAUCUUCCGCAGAUUAUUUCCAUGCUGCACAGGGAGGUAUCGGUGGAGUCUAUUGAUUUCUACAAAACAUAUGCAUGCGAGCUCCUGAAGAUAGCAGCAGUUCCCACGGCGUAUCCGCUUUCUCUCAAAAUUAUAGUGGAAACGCUGAAAAUCCUCAUAGAAAAAGAGCCCUCGAUUGUUCUAACAGAGGAGUUCCACGUGCGGUUCAAAGAGUGCUUUGACACGUUCAGAGUAAACGAGUUUUCGAUGUACAACCUGAAAGCCACUUUUCAGAAGUACACGUCGCUGUAUGAGACAAUUCUUGCGCGCAUUAAGGAAGAGGUGAUUGAAGCAUACAACUACAUUGUCCUGAACAUUGUGGACCUCGGCCUCUUCAACGCUCUUCCUGUGAUGCGAGACGAGAGAGGAAUAAAAGAGCUUUUGAAUCGGUCAAACCUCAUCAUGAAGAUAAUAACAAAGUUCCCAACAGCCCCGAUGCAGGGCGUGGAGAUAUGGGAGUGGCUCUAUUCGGUGUGCACAAAGAAAGUGCUCCGAUCCAACAGCGCAGGGUACAUAACAGGGAGCAGUGUCGACCUAUCUACAUCGAAAAUGCCGCUGACCGAAGAAGAGUAUGCGCAUUUGCUCUACGCAAUCAACACAGAGUGGAUCAAUGACCUAAUCACAAUGCGAAAAGACACGCCAGGGAUCAUUGAAAACACAAGAAACUACCUCAGAUGGAUACUUGCAGAGGAGUACUCCCUGGAGAGUUUGCUGGUGCUUCUUAAAGUUUCUACGCGGGAGGAAAAGAAAGAGCUUCUAAAGAAAGCUGUUCUCACAGGAUACAACGUAAAAGAAGAUCCGUCUAUAUACCACUCGCUCUACAUGGCCUCCAAAGGCACUUUCUACGACUAUCCACUAGCGCACACGUACAACUUUCUUUGCGCGCUGAACAAGACAAAAAAGUACCUGAAAAUAAGAAAGCUGAAAGAACAGGAGCUGUACGAGCUGGGAAUAGACGAGCUGAUAUUCCUCAGCUCAGAGUACAGGAUAAAGAAGGUAGACGAGGUGCUUGUAAAAAAACAAAUUGUUCGGUGCUCUGGCUUUUUCAUAGACAUAAACAGACUUAGCAUUAUAGAUGCCAUAUCGGUGAUAGCCAACUCAGAGGACGAGCAGGAAGUCUUCAAGGCGCUUAGCCAUUUGGCAAGCGAGGAGGAGAAGGGAGAUGCUUUGGUGUUUUAUGCCCCGCAGAUUGUCCAACUGCUGAGGAAGUCGUACAUCAGAAACGGAAAAGAGAUAAAAGACAUGCUGAUUAAAACUGUGAAAAAUAAAACAUCGCAUGCACUGAUAUGGGAGCUAAAGGCGCAGGGAGAAGCAUCGAUGAAAGCGUAUGAGAACGAGAUAUUGGAGACAAUGGAGCCUGAAGCAAAAGAGCAGUAUUUUAGGAUCAGUGUGCUUUUGGAUAACUUUGCAAAGAUAUCUGAAAGACUGCAGGAGUACGUGUCUGUUGACAGAGACACAAAGAAGAAGCUGAUCAACAAAGAAAUAUCAGAAGUAACGUUCCCCGAGGGGUGCUAUCUCCCAAUCACAGGCGAAACUGUUGUAAAAGUGGUGGAGGGAUCGGGAAAGGUGCUGCAGAGCGCAGAAAAGGUGCCUUACAUGGUUACUUUCAAAGUGAAAGAUAAAAAGACAGACGAGGAGAUAGACAGACAGGUGAUAUUCAAGUUUGGCGAUGACUGCAGACAGGACGUGCUUGCUCUGCAGAUCAUACAAAUAUUCCAGAACAUUUUCAAGGGAAAGGGACUCUCUGUCUACCUCUACCCGUACAAAGUGAUUGCCACAGGGUACGGAUCAGGAAUCAUAGAAGUAAUACCGCAUGCGUUCUCAAGGGACCAGAUCGGGCGCGAAAGAGUGAACAAUCUGGUGGACUAUUUCUCGCUAAAGUACGGGUACAGAGAAGGCCACAGAUACAUCCAGGCGCUAAAGAACUUUGUGGAAAGCUUUGCAGGAUAUUCUCUUGUGACGUACAUUCUGAACAUAAAAGACAGACACAACGGAAACAUCAUGAUAACAGACGAAGGGCACCUGAUACACAUUGACUUUGGGUUUAUGUUUGACAUCUCCCCGGGAAACAUCAACAUCGAAAGCCCGAUCAAAAUAACCGAUGAAAUAUUCUCUUUACUGGGCGGAUCGGAAGGAGAGGCUUUUGCGAUGUACAAAGACCUGAUGGUUAAAGGCUUCUAUAUCCUGCGAAAGAGAGCCAAAGAGAUAGUUCUUAUGGCUGAUCUAGGGCGGUAUAGCGGGCUGUCGUGCUACACUCCAGCAACAAUGAAGAACUUAAUAUCUCGGUUCAGACUGGACCUAUCAGAUGAAGAAGUGCCAGAGUUUGUGUACAACCUCAUCACGUCCUCCACUAAGAAACUGCGCACGUGGAUAUACGACCAGUACCAGCACCUUACGAACAACAUUGCAUUCUAG